AUGGACAAAUUAACCAUAGAUAAAUUUCAUAUCAGAGGGAUUCGAGCUUACUAUGACGAUACAACAAGCACAAAAACCGAAGAGACCGAUUCGAAGCUUUAUUAUAAAACUCAAACAUUUCACUGUAAAGUUGAGAUAGAUAUUCCUACAUGUAUAUCUGAUCAUGAUUGGACAAUUGGUCUUGUUCAAGCCUGUGAUUACAUGUAUUUAGCUAAUGAUUAUGAAGGAGUUGGUAAAUCACUCUGGGAAUUUCAUCCAUUAAAAAGUGGUCUACGAGAAUUCAUCAAUGAUAGCGAUGGUUGUCAAUAUCCAUUUUAUGAUGUAUAUCAAAGCUUAUGUAAUAUUAAAAAAGGUCCAUUAAAAAAAGCAACCCUAAACUUACAUAUGAAAGAUUAUUUUCAUCCCUCUGUUGUCUGGGAGCUACCCUUUUCUGGUGGAGUACGACUAACUGAGAUUACUAGACAACAAAAAUUUCUAAUUUGGUUACUGGCUAUCAAAUAUGGAAAAAAGUUUUCACGUAAAGAUGAGAUUACUGUAUUUGAAAAAAUACGUUGGGAAUAUGAUUUACGCAUAAAAAUUGAUCCAUUUAUGCCUUUAGGCAGUCGCAUACGCAAAAUUUAUGAUCUACAACAUAAUGGAGUUAUUUUAACGAACUCGGAUAAACCUUACCGAUUACCUAUAUCUGUAGCAUUCCCACCUCAUUGCAAUGCUGCUCAAUCAUUAAUAUGGUACCCUAAAGAUUCACAUGCAUCAGCACGUAUACUAGUACCUCCGGAACAAAUUAUCGUUCCUUGGGAACAAUGGGUACAUGAUAUGUUGGGUUCAAAUGCUGCCAGAGUUUGUAAACCAAAUGAGGUUUUCGAAAUCGGUGGCGAUAUAAUCUGA